AUGGACGAGUCCAUAAAAUCUCAAGAAGCUUCAUUUUAUGGAAUGAGUGGUGUUCGUAUGCCAUCGGGUCGCGUUCUUACAGACAUAACGAAUGACACGAUCCGACACUCUUACAAUGCUGAAUCUGGCACUUAUGAGAUUCCGGUUAACUAUCUAGAUUCAUUUUACGAAUCCACAAAAAGGAUUGGAAAGAGAGUUGCAAGGAGUCAAAAAACGAUACAGUCGGUUACACGUGGAUUAAGUAUGGACAGUACACCAACUAUAUUGGUGGACGAGGAUUCUCAAACUUUAAGAGAUGUUACAUCGGACAGUGGAGAUUCUGAAUAUGUUUCCAACGACGACAAUAGCGACGAUUCAUUUGAUUAUGAUGAUUACGACGAUCUGGGAAACCAGUCGUAUGAAUGUCAAUCGUGUGAUGCAAUGAUGUGGUACGCUGAACGUCUUGAUAAGCAUAGGAACAAAUCGAGACCAGAGUUUUCUCUAUGCUGUCAAAAAGAUAAAGUACAACUGCCUGAUCUGAAAAAUCCCCCACCUGCUCUAGCAAAUUUGCUUUUCGGUACGGAUAGGCAGAGCAAACAUUUCCAAGACAAUAUCCGUUCUUAUAACAUGAUGUUUGCGUUUACAUCACUUGGCGGAAAGGUACAAACAUCUAUUAAUACUGGUGCUGGACCAUACACAUUUCUGCUUCAAGGUCAGAAUUACCAUCUGUUGGGAAGUAUGUUGCCGGAGGAAGGCGCAAGACCAAAAUUUGCACAACUUUACAUCUUCGAUACAGAGAAUGAAGUUCAGAAUAGAAUUGACGCUGUUAGGUCUGGAAAUAACUCGAACAAUCUUGAUCCUCAAAUUGUUGCAUACUUGAAGGAUAUGAUCGAUGAGAACAACGUACUUGCUCAGUCGUACAGAGCUGCCCGGGAUCGACUUUCCAGUGAAGGCCUGCAAGGUGUUAAGCUAAAGCUGGUCAAAAGCCGUAGCACCGAUGGCAGGACUUAUAAUCUCCCUAAUGCGAGUGAAAUUGCAGCGUUGAUAGUUGGAGAUUUUGAUACGCAAGAAGGGGUUAGGGACAUUGUGGUGGAGACUCAGUCCAAGAAGUUGCAACGCAUUAGUGAGCUACACCCACUGUACCUGCCGUUCCAAUAUCCGCUCAUAUUUCCUUACGGGGAAGACGGCUAUAGAGAUGAUAUUGGUUUGAGAGACUCUUUUCGAGGUAACAAGGGAAAACGAAAAAAAUUAACCAUGCGAGAAUACUUUGCUUACCGAAUCCAAAAAAGAAGCAGCGACAGUUCAGUACUUUUGAAUUCAAAAAAAUUGUUCCAACAGUUUGGGGUGGACGCUUAUUCUAUGAUUGAGUCACAAAGGUUGAAUUUCAUUAGAUACAACCAGGACCAACUGCGUGUGGACAUGUACAAAGGCAUUGAAGAAUGUUUUUUGAGAGGGGACACUGAGGGCAUAUCAGCUGGUAAACGCAUAGUUCUUCCCGGCUCAUUCAUUCCUGGACCACGGUACAUGUUCAACAAUUUUAUCGAUGCACUGCAAAUUUGUAAUUGGAUUGGCUUUCCAUCAUUGUUCAUAACUAUUACAUGCAAUCCACAAUGGCCUGAAAUACAAAGGGUCCUGAAUGACACAAGUCUCAGACCGGAGGAUCGUCCUGAUAUUCUAUGUCGCGUAUUUAAAAUGAAGUUGGACAGUUUGCUUACGGAUUUCAAGAAAGGACAUAUUUUCGGCCGAAUUAGAGCGCACGUAUGUACGAUCGAAUUUCAGAAACGUGGUCUGCCUCACGCACAUAUAUUGUUGUGGUUGGAUAACGAUGCCAAACCGAAGUGCUCCGCCGACAUCGACCGGAUGAUUUGUGCAGAAAUUCCUGACAAAAAAACUGACCGAAAGAUGUACGACUUGGUUGAGAAAUACAUGAUACACGGCCCGUGCGGUCAUGCGAAUUUGAAUUCACCUUGCAUGAAGAAUGGCGUUUGCACGAAAAGGUUUCCAAAGAAGUUUGCACAGCGAACUGAGGCCGAUGAUGAUGGUUACCCUGUAUAUAGGAGAAGGGACGAUGGAAGAACGGUUACGAAGAAAAACACAAUUCUUGACAAUGGUUUUGUGGUUCCUUACAACCGCAUAUUAUUGAGUAAAUACCGAGCCCACGUCAACAUCGAGUUGUGCAACCAGAGCAAGUCAAUAAAGUAUCUGUUCAAGUACGUCAAUAAAGGACACGAUCGUGUCACAGCAACAUUUUUUCAACCUCCGUCUACGGACGCCGCUUCUGUUGUACGUGAUGAAAUCAAGAUGUACUAUGAUUGUAGAUAUUUAUCUGCGUGUGAGGCGAUGUGGAGGAUUUUUUCAUUCGAUAUACACUACAGGGAUCCCCCUGUCAUUAGAUUGAGCUUCCAUCUCCCCGACAAUCAACCGUUGAUAUUCAAUGAGAACCAACCUUUAAAGAGUGUCCUGGAAAGACCAACAGCAAAGCAAACCAUGUUUUUGGCGUGGUUCGAGGCGAACAAGAAGUACCCACCAGCUAGGGAAUUACGGUAUGGAGAGUUUCCCCAGCAUUAUGUGUACAAGGAGGAUUCUCGUGUAUGGGUGCCGAGAAAGCAAGGGUUUUCUAUUGGAAGAGUCACCACUGUACCCCCGGGAAAGGGAGAAGACUUUUAUCUGAGAUUGCUGCUCAACAUCCAGAGAGGGUGCACCAGUUACGAAGACAUACGAACGGUUAGUGGCAAUGUUUACGCGACGUUUAAGGAUGCAUGCUAUAUUUUGGGGCUACUUGAGGAUGACAAGGAGUACAUUGGUGCAAUCAAAGAGGCGUACGGUUGGGCAAACGGCCACUUUCUCAGACUGUUGUUUGCUGUUAUGCUGAUUUCUAACAGUUUGAGCAGACCGGAAUAUGUUUGGGAGAGUUGUUGGUCGAAUUUGUCCGAUGACAUUACAUACAAGCACCAAAGGCGCCAUAAUAAUCCAGGUUUGACUCUAUCAGAUGAUAGUUUGAAGAACUAUGCGUUGAUUGAAAUCGAGAAAAUCCUACAAAGCAACGGCAAAAGCUUGCGGAAUUUUGACUCUAUGCCAAUGCCACUACAUUCGUCGAAUGACACGGAGAAUCGAUUAGUGCUCGAUGAGUUGGACUACGAUGUCUUUGCGAUGGAUGAAGAACUGAAACGAUAUCUAUCUUCUAUCACAGACGAGCAGAGAAAGGUUUACGAUACCAUCAUGGAUGCUGUAUCGAAAAAUAGCGGCGGUAUGUACUUCCUCUACGGUCACGGAGGAACCGGAAAGACAUUCAUAUGGAAAACGUUGUCCGCUGCAAUUCGUUCCAAGGGAGAAAUAGUUCUUAAUGUUGCUUCGAGUGGCAUAGCAUCUUUGCUGCUUCCCGGUGGCCGAACCGCUCACUCCAGAUUUGGACUGCCCAUCAUUGUGCACGAUGGUUCCACCUGCAACAUUACACAACAGAGUCCGCAGGCAGAAUUGCUUAUAAAGUCGAGACUUAUUAUAUGGGAUGAGGCCCCGAUGAUGCAUAGAUACUGUUUCGAAGCGCUAGACAAGACAAUGCGAUCUAUCACGCAUGUUCCCAAACCAUUCGGCGGCAAGGUGGUCGUUCUUGGCGGAGACUUCAGACAGAUUUUACCUGUUGUGCUGAAGGCAUCAAGGCAAGACAUUGUUCACGCUACGAUAAACUCAUCUCAGCUUUGGAAAGACUGUACGGUUCUUAAGUUGCAUACGAAUAUGAGGCUUCAAUCAAGCUCUAAUCCAUCUGAAGUUGAAGAAAUAAAGGAGUUUGCUGAUUGGAUAUUGAGUAUCGGUAAUGGGGAGGCGGGAGAGCAAAACGAUGGUGAAGCUUCCGUUGAGAUUCCUGAGGACAUGCUAAUUCCCGAUUGUGAAGAUCCAUUACUGGAGCUAUUGCAGUUUGUGUAUCCAAAUUUGUUGAGUAACAUAUCAAAUCCAGAUUAUUUCCAAGGGAGGGCAGUGCUUGCACCGACUAAUGACUGCGUGGAGUCUGUCAACGACUACUUGUGUUCUCUCCUACCCGGCGAAGAGAAGUUGUACCUCAGCGCGGAUAGUAUGUGCAAGGAUGAGUUGAGUUCGGAAGAAAAUGUUGAAAUAUAUUCGACCGAAUUCCUCAACACCGUGUCUUGCUCCGGACUCCCUUCACAUAGGCUGAAACUGAAGGAAAAUGUUCCUGUUAUGCUUAUACGAAACAUCGACCAGGCGAGAGGCCUUUGCAAUGGAACCAGACUUCAAGUUGUUAGGAUGGGAGUUCAUGUUCUUAGCUGCAAGGUUCUAUCCGGCAAAAAUAUCGGUGAUGUUGUUUUCAUUCCUCGGAUGACGUUGGUCCCAUCGAACUCUACUUUGCCCAUUAAGUUCCAGAGGCGACAGUUUCCGUUGAUGGUUUGCUUUGCAAUGACCAUCAACAAAAGUCAGGGUCAAACACUUUCACACGUCGGUUUGUAUCUACCCAAACCCGUAUUCAGCCACGGUCAGUUGUACGUUGCACUCUCGAGAGUGAAGAGUAGAUAUGGCAUAAAGAUCCUAAUCAAGUCUGAAUCUGGUGAAUCAUCGAGUUCUACUAGCAACGUGGUGUACAAAGAAGUAUUUCAACGUAUAUGA